AUGUUCUGUGUAUUAGGAAGCGAAAUAAUUUAUAAUAUAAAACAAUGUAUUGAUAUUAUUGUAUUGUUUCAGACGACGGGCAUGACACCGCUAAUGUACGCAGUGAAGGACAACCGAACAUCGUUCGUAGAGCGGCUCAUUGAACUUGGAUCCGAUGUCGGCGCACGAAAUAAUGACAACUACAAUGUUCUACAUAUAUCAGCCAUGUACUCGAGGGAGGACAUUGUCAAGCUGCUGCUGUCCAAGAGGGGAGUCGAUCCUUUUGCCACCGGAGGCUUGCAGGCCGCAGUGCAGGGCGUGUUGUGUGUGCCGGGUGCUGGGCGCGACAUGAACGAGGGCCGGGACGCCGCCAGUGCCAGCCGCUGCGGCCGCCGCAGCCCGCCGCUCAACCUGCAGGCGAAGGACCUGCAGAGGCUCGAAAUCAGUUUCAUCGAGCUGAACAAGGAGCGCGCCAAGCAGAAAGAAUGGAAAAAGCUAAUUCGCGACAUGGUGUUCCAGAGGGGGAAGAUCCCGCUGCUGCUGGCAGUCGAGGCAGGCAACCAGAGCAUGGUGCGCGAGCUACUCAGCGCGCAGACGGCCGAGCAACUUAAGGCCUGCACCCCUACGGGGGACACAGCUCUUCACCUGGCGGCCAGGAGACGAGAUGUGGACAUGGCAAGGAUUCUCGUCGACUACGGAGCAGCCGUGGAUGCAGUCAAUGGAGCUGGUCAGACUGCACUACACAUCGCCGCUGCUGAAGGAGACGAACCUCUCGUCAAGUACUUCUAUGGAGUCAGAGCGAACGCUGCCAUUGCAGAUAAUGAAGACCGGACGCCGAUGCACUUGGCAGCUGAGAAUGGCCACGCAGCAAUCAUCGAGCUCCUAGCUGAUAAGUUCAAAGCAUCAAUCUUCGAGAGAACGAAAGAUGGUAGCACUCUGAUGCACAUUGCCUCGCUCAAUGGCCACGCUGACUGCGCCAUGAUGCUCUUCAAGAAAGGAGUCUACCUGCAUAUGCCUAAUAAGGACGGUGCCCGCAGUAUCCAUACGGCGGCGAGGUACGGCCACGUUGGAAUCAUAAAUACGCUGCUGCAGAAGGGAGAAAGCGUCGAUGUUACAACAAAUGAUAACUACACAGCGUUGCACAUAGCUGUCGAGUCUUGCAAGCCAGCAGUCGUGGAGACAUUGCUAGGGUAUGGAGCUGAUGUCCACGUCAGAGGCGGGAAGCAGAGAGAGACGGCACUACACAUAGCUGCUAGGAUACCAGAUGGUGACAAAUGUGCGUUGAUGCUAUUGAAAUCUGGUGCUGGUCCUAACAAGGCGACAGAAGAUGGCCAGACUCCAGUACACGUGGCUGCAAAAUAUGGUAACCUCGCUACACUUUUAUUACUGCUCGAGGAUGGCGGAGAUCCGCUGAGGAAAACCAAGACUGGUGAGACACCUUUACACAUGGCGUGUCGAAGUUGUAAACCAGAUGUCGUGCGACACUUAAUAGAAUUCGUAAAGGAUCAUAAAGGUGAAAAUGUCGCCACAUCGUACAUUGACUCCGUCGACGAAGAUGGAGCGAGUGCACUACACUUCGCCUGCAAAAUUACCAAAGAAGAAGUCAAAAUACCAACAGCUGACAGACAAGUUGUUAAAUGCCUCAUAGAGAAUGGUGCCGAUGUAACAUUAAUAACAAAACACAAUUAUGAAACUGCCUUCCACUUUUGUGCCAUAGCGGGAAACAACGAUGUGAUGACUGAGAUGAUAGCGCACAUAUCUCCUGCAGACGUCAGCAGAGCACUGAAUAAACAAAACUCAAUAGGCUGGACACCAUUGCUGAUAGCUUGUCACAGAGGACACAUGGAACUUGUUAGUACGCUGCUAACAAACCACGCCAGAGUAGACGUGUUUGAUACUGAGGGUAGAUCUGCUCUACAUCUAGCCGCUGAGCAUGGUUUCUUACAAGUCUGCGAUGCUCUCCUAACGAACAAAGCAUUUAUUAAUUCCAAAGCGAGAAAUGGCAGAACAGCUCUUCACUUAGCUGCUAUGAACGGCUAUGCACAUCUUGUCAAAUUCUUAAUACGAGAUCACAAUGCCAUGAUUGACGUUCUAACAUUAAAAAAACAGACUCCGUUACAUUUAGCAUCAGCGAGUGGCCAAAUUGAAGUGUGUAAACUUUUAUUAGAACUCGGAGCUAAUAUCGAUGCAACAGACGAAUUAGGACAAAAGCCUAUUCAUGCAGCAGCACAAAACAAUUACAACGAAGUAGUUCAACUUUUUUUACAACAACAUCCGAAUUUAGUGAUGGCUACAACGAAGGAUGGAAACACGUGCGCUCAUAUUGCAGCUAUUCAAGGCUCAGUGAAAGUGAUUGAGGAACUGAUGAAGUUUGAUAGGACCGGUGUUAUAUCGGCUAGGAACAAAUUGAAUGACUCGACACCACUACAGUUAGCUGCUGAAGGUGGUCAUGCAGAUGUAGUUAGGGUAUUAGUCAGAGCAGGAGCUUCCUGUACAGAUGAGAACAGAACUGGUCUUACUGCGGUACAUUUGGCUGCGCAGUAUGGCCACACCAAUGUAUUAGAUGUAAUGCGAUCGACAAAUACGUUAAGGAUAUCAAGCAAAAAGUUAGGAUUGACACCAUUACAUAUAGCUGCUUACUAUGGACAAGCUGAAACUGUUCGAGAACUUCUAUCUCACGUUCCUGGCACAGUGAAGUCAGAAGCUCCUACUGGUGUAUCGCUAGUUCCGGAGCUCGGGGCUGAGUCUGGUCUAACACCGCUACACUUAGCUGCUUACAAUGGUAACGAAAACGUUGUGCGACUACUCCUUAACUCUGCUGGAGUACAAGUUGACGCCGCGAGUAAUGAAAACGGCUUCAAUCCACUACAUCUCGCAUGUUUCGGAGGUCACAUGUCUAUUGUCGGGCUCCUACUCAGUAGAUCAGCUGAACUACUUCAAAGUACAGACAGACACGGCAAAACUGGGCUACACAUAGCUUCGACACACGGGCAUUACCAAAUGGUAGAAGUUCUGCUCGGUCAAGGAGCUGAAAUCAAUGCGACUGACAAAAAUGGAUGGACGCCAUUACAUUGUGCUGCUAAAGCUGGACAUCUCAACGUUGUGAAGCUUUUGUGUGAAUCAGGAGCGUCGCCUAAGAGCGAAACUAAUCUUAACUGCGCUCCAAUUUGGUUCGCUGCCUCAGAGAACCACAAUGAUGUCCUCGAGUACUUACUGCACAAAGAACACGACACUCAGUCCCUAAUGGAUGACAAGAGAUUCGUGUACAAUCUCAUGGUGUGCUCUAAGAACCACAACAACAUACCAAUCGAAGAGUUUGUGUUAGUCUCGCCGGCGCCAGUCGACACUGCAGCUAAACUGUCUAAUAUUUACAUUAUUCUAUCCACUAAGGAAAAGGAGCGUGCCAAAGACCUUAUAGCGGCAGGAAAACAGUGCGAAGCGAUGGCCACCGAGCUACUGGCACUCGCGGCCGGGGCGGAGUCCGCCGGACAUAUACUCACCGCCACCGACAAUAGGAAUAUAGAAUUCCUCGAUGUUUUAAUAGAAAAUGAACAGAAGGAGGUUAUAGCCCACACAGUUGUCCAGAGAUAUCUUCAGAUAUUAGAUUUCUUAUCUUUCCACCACCUGUUCGGUCCGUGGGCUAUUAUUAUCGGAGAUCUGAUGAAGGAUCUCGGAAGGUUCCUCGCUGUAUUAGCGAUAUUUGUGUUCGGCUUCUCGAUGCACAUAGUGGCAUUGAACCAGCCGUUCAGGAACAUUAUAAAGGCUGAAGACAAUAAGUAUGCGAGACAAGCAAGGAAGAAGCUGUUCUCCGACGAUCAUGACUGUGUGUUCAUUCAGAUGUUUAAUGAUGUACUUGUUACUGAAAUAGAAACCCUUCGAUUGAAACGGCAAGCGUUUGAUACGCAAUGGCAAAGUUCACUCUCUGAAGAGACGUACAGAAGGAAACAAGGGUCGACGGGACCGACGUUGUCACCGAUCGAGGCGGUGGAGAGACUGUUCCUCACAAUUUUCGGUCAGAUAACGCUAUCGGACCUAAACUACGUGUCCAGCGUGCGGCCGCUGUGGACGCAGAACAUAUUCAAGUUCGUGUUCGGGGCGUACUUACUGCUGUCGGUCGUGGUGCUUGUAACGCUCCUCAUUGCGAUGAUGUCGGACACUUACCAACGCAUCCAGCUGCUGUUCUUCGCGGUAUUCGGCCAGACGACGACGGACCAGACCCGGGUGCAUCGUAAUGAUAGUACCAUCCAGCCAGCCUGGACUAAUUACCUGUUUAAAAUUGUGUUCGGAAUCUACAUGUUGGUGUCAGUCGUGGUACUGAUCAAUCUGCUCAUUGCUAUGAUGUCAGACACGUACCAAAGGAUCCAGGCCCAAUCAGAUAUUGAGUGGAAGUAUGGUCUGUCCAAGUUGAUACGCAACAUGCAUCGGACGAACACAGCGCCAUCUCCUCUCAACCUGGUGACCACGUGGUUGAUGUGGCUCAUACAUCGCUGCAAGGCCCGAAUAAGCAAAAAGAAGCGACCAAGCUUGGUGCAUAUGAUCGGUUUGCAGAGACAGGAUCAGAUGAGCGCGCGGUCGAAGGCAGGCGCCAAAUGGCUGUCCAAGGUCAAGAGGGGACAGGUUGUGCCGAAGGACUCAACGCGCCUCUCUGUGGUCCACCUCAGUCCUUUGGGCUCCCAGCUAAGCAUCAGCAACACCACGAAGAUCGAGAGCGUGGUUGACUGGGAGAUCAUUGCGAAGAAAUACCGCGCUCUCAUGAGGGACGAGCCGGAGGAACCAGCCAUCAAGGAAAAUGAGGAGGAUUCCGCAGAUAAUGUUUCCGAGAUCAUCCCUAACAACAUAUCAGGCGCCCCGCCUUGA